UACGGAUGGCCAAAUGAUACUCCGAUCGUGAGAGAGAAAAUAUCUUAUUAUAACCUGACUACGUAGUGUUGCAUGAGAAUUCUCUUAAUUAUGGAUCUUCCUUUACGAGCGCUGCUUCUCUAUGUGGCGAUUAUUGUUGCAGUAAGCUAUGCCCAGGAACUUGUGCUGGAGCCUGAAGGUCCAAGCUUUAAGAACAAGGUUGGAGCUACGUUUUCCGUGGAAUGUCGAGCGGAGGGAAUCGCCGCAGAGGAGGACCCCAACGUGCGCUGGUUCAACAAGGAGGACAACCACAUCACCAACACACAGGGACGACUGCGUAUCAUGAAGAUCGGGGCGACUGUGUCAUUGUUCUUCGCGCCACUACAAGAUGGAGACGAAGGUGAAUAUACGUGCAAGGCGACCAUCAGUGGCAAGGAAGUCGUAAAGAACAUCGACGUCUCCUUGUACCGAGGAAUCAGUAUCAACUCACCUACCAACCAGCGGCCGAAUAUUUACACCAACGCACUGAUAGAGUGCAACGCCACUGCAGAUCCACAGCCAACCAUCAUGUGGUUGUUUGGAAAUUACACUGAAGUUCCUCUAGGUGGCCGGUUUGUACCAGUGAAUACUGGUUUGAAGGGCCUGCGUAUCAAGAACAUCACAGCAGGAGACAAUGGGAAAUACAUCUGUCUGGUGCGCGUCAAGUCGAUGGGACAGACUGAGGAACACAAGAUUACCGUCAAAGUCCGAAUUCCACCUAGUAUGGUGAAAGGACCAACUAUUUCCGAUGCUAUCGCUGGUCAGCGCUUCCAAAUGACCUGUGAAGCAACUGGGGACCCCAAGCCAAAGUUCCAUUUCUUCAAGGACCAUGUAAAGCUCCGAGAUGGGCCGCAGUACAAGAUUGACGACACGAACGGAGUUCUCACCAUUGAGGAGCUGAAGGACAGUCAUGAGGGUCUCUACGUCUGUAUGGCGUACAAUAAGGGCGGCAACGCAUCGGCCGACAUCAACGUCGAUGUCAUAGUUCCACCUACAAUUGAGGAAGUGAAGAACGUUUCCAAACCCGCAGGGGAAGCCGCUGCCAUGAUUUGCAUUUCCCGGGGGGACCCUGUCCCUGCCAUGAGCUGGAAGAUCUAUGGUACGAAUGUGCCGCUCGCAGGAGGGGAGGGCAGUUCGUUCACCAUCGAGACGUCCGAGGUUCCCGAGGGCCGCAUCACGAAGAAGACGUACAGCCUGAAGUUUGCAUCGCUAGCGCCGGAGGACACCAACAACUACACGUGCACCGCCAUGAACACCGGCGGCAGUCAGCAGAGAACAGGCUCGCUCAUCGUCGAGUUCAAACCCCACUUCACAAACACCCCGUACAGCGAGACGUUCGGCUGGGCGAACCACGUGACGGAGAUCAAGUGUGUGGCCGAUGGCGCACCGGAGCCCACCAUUUCCUGGUCUCACAACGGACAGGUGCUUGACUCGAAGUUCGUCAACGACACGUACUCUCAGUCGAUCGAGCGGGGAGUAAGGCAGCUCAGAAGCACACUGACGGUGAAAAUAACCUUGGGAAACCGUGAUUUCAUCUUCGGGGUCUAUAUCUGCAAAGCUACCAACAUCCACGGCACCACGCCUUAUGAAAUUGCUCUCAGUGAAGCAGGUGAGCCCGGCGCCCCAUUUGUGUCGACCAUGAAGACGACCCCGACAACGAUCCAGCUGAUGAUCAGUCCCCCGGCAAACGACGGCGGCCAGGAUAUUCUCGACUACAAGAUCGUCUACAACCUGGAGGGCAAGGAGGAGGUUGUCCAGGCCCCUGUCAGUAAUGACCCGAGCGAGCCCAGGACCAAGUUCACUCUGAGCAAUCUUAAAGCCAACUCCGACUACAGGAUCACCGUGUCUUCUCGCAACGCCGUCGGUUAUGGUGCCGAGACCGUCCUCUCAGAAACUACACCCAAUGUCCGUAUUCCAGGGAAGCCGGUGAUAACCUCGAGUCACUAUGGCGACAAACCGACCAGCUACACAGCAACGUGGGAAGAACCUCUGACGGGCGGCUCUCCUCUCACUCACUACGAUAUUUCAUACUCAAAAGUGGAGGUGAAGGGUGAGGCCCCCAACUGGAUGGUGGACCGGAUCUUGAAUGGUCCGAUCAGGAAGAAGAUUCCGCAAGGGGAGAUAACCAACUACAGGCUCGACCGGCUGGAGCCCGAGACGUUCUACAAGGUGGACAUCAUCGCGGUCAAUUCUAUCGGAGAGUCGCCCGUGGGAAGCAAGAUCUUCAAAACUUCAAAGGGACUCAAUGGACUUCCUGUGUCUCGUGUGAAGACUACCACCACCACACCAAAGACUCAAACAACUACGCUCAGGAUUUUUAAAGUCAAACCUGCAGUUGCAGAAGUUAGGGUUAAGCCGACAGAGCCCACAAGAGUAUUGGUGUCAUUGAAAGUCAAUGAAGCCCAGGCCGGCCUCGCAACGGGGGCGAUCGUCGGGAUUCUCAUCGCCAUCCUCAUCAUCCUCUUCGUCGUCAUCGAUGUGUCUCUCUACUUCACCAAGCAGUGCGGCGUCCUGUGGUUCCUCCAACACAAGAUGGGCGCAGGGGCGGGUGAGAGCAGCGGGGCAGCAGGAGCCAUGGAGGAAGGUGACAGUGAGAGGAAGGAGCCGCUGCUUGCUAAAGACGAGGUCAAGGUUGAAUCGGAGGAAGCACCAGAAGAACAGGUGAAGGUCGAGGAUGAGACAAUGGAGGAGAAGGAACCGGAAGACAAAGAAGAAAAACCAUCAGACACGUUGAUCGAAGAGUCGGCCACCGAACCUGACGCGGAAAAAGCACAGGAAGAAGCAAAGGAGGUUUCGCCCAAGACGUCCCCAGUUUCUGAGACGCCAGAGGUCAAAGGUGAAGAUACAGAGCCCAAAGCCUGAUGGGCACAGGAAGUGGCUACCACAGAAUGUGUGUGAUACGCUUGAGUGUUGAUGGGCUUAGUGUUAAUGGUGCAUUGCGACUAUGUUGUAAAUGGAGUUAUCUCCCCUAAUACGGUCUCACCAUGCAGUUUCUUUUUCUUGAAGAUGUUGAAAACAAAAUGAUAUGAAUACCAACAUCUGUGGGACCAAGUCCUCUGUAUUCUCUCUGUGUAUUUAAUAUGUGGAAUCACAGUUUCGUGAAACUGGCCGAACAAGAAAAAAUAUUCAUUUAUUUUCUUUCUUUUUCCUGUUUUGGUGCUUGGUGUUUUAGCGUGUAGUGUAAAAAUAAUAGACUGAAACAGGUUUAUGUGUGUAAAUGACACCAUCAUAUUAUAACAGUCCAUCAAAUUCCACCAAUCAAAUAGUCCCAUUCAAUUUUCUCAUCUUUUAUUAACAGAAUCACAGUAGACCAGAGUGGCUAUAAUUAUUCGCAAUUGACACUCAUAUUUUUACCAUAUUUUUGGAGUUAUCUUCUUAUUUUUCAAAUUAUCUCCACUAUUAAACUGAGGCAAAUUACUUUUCAGUUUAAAGUUGCACUAUGGACCUGUUUUAUUGUUCACAAUACAUGUACUAAAAAAUUGCACAUUGUUCUUGUUUAAAUGAAAUUAGCACCACUGGGACAUUUAAUAAAAUACUUUUAUUUACAUUUAUAAUUUAUCUGAGAUAUAAGGUAGUAUUAUUACAAUGAUAACACUAGCAGUAUAUAAUUUAUCUCAUAAUGUUUCUAGCAGUAUAGUUUUUCUGGCCGUGUAAAUGUUUAAUCACGACAGGUGUAGUAGACAUGGUAAACAUUUUGCUUUUACUUUUAAAUAUAACAAAUCUAGGUGCUCUUUUUUCAGAUGUUAUCAUAGUUUGAGGUAUUUUUCUGCAACAUUAUAAUAUGUAAUGAGAUGUUUUAUGCACAUUGUUAAAUAUUUUAAACUGGUGGUGUUUACAUGCAGUAUUUUUGUUUGUUUAUUUGUUUCAUGGUAAUAGUUUAUGAAAAACAUCGCAAAAAAAAAAAAAAAAAAAAAAAAAUGUUAUGGCUGCCAUCUAUGUGCCAUAUUGUACUGUAUUGAUGGUUGUCAUUGUAACUAAUAUGUCAUGAUUUCACAAACUUUACAUCUGAGCUUUAGGUUUAUUUUCAAGAUUUUGUUAAAUAGCAAAAUGAAUGCUAUGAAAAUUAUGUGAUCAAGCUUUUUAUUUUUAUUAAUUCAGUUGAAAUGAUACACACUAUUCAAAUGUAAAGGGAGGUUACUCUGCUGACACAAAGCAAUAUUAAUGACUAAAGGGAGGUUACUCUAAAUGUUCAGUUGAAGGGGUUGGAAAAAAAGAGUAAAAUCAACAGGUCAACUGGUAUUUUACAACUGAACUUUAUUCUUGGAAAUGUUUGAUGCUUUUGUUGAUGGUGCUUACCCCUAGUUACGUUGUGACUAAAUGUUUUAAAGCUUGUUAGAAAGGAGAAAUGUUUGUAACAUGUUCUUCAUCACUUACAUGUACAGUCUAAGUCAGAAUGUUUGGGCCGAGUAAAACAUUGAUUUCUAGGCAGCAUAGCUCGGUGUCCUACAGUAUGCCACAGUGUGCAGGGAUCACACUCAAUAGCAUUGUGUUUUAGACAGUUUUAACAUGUGUAAAUUGUUUUUUCUUUAAAAUUGUAAAAAGUAGCUAAUUUAAAUCAUUUUUAUUAUUCAAUAACUAAACGUUGAGGACACUUACAAUCGGAUUAGGUCCAGAAUAUUACGGCGACUUUGAUUUCUCACUACUGUUAAUAACUCGCCGACUUUCGGCAAAGAAAACGCUCAUUUCGCCGGCUAGAUUAGGGCCUGAUUAGUAUACAAAUUGGUAAUUGGUUAAUUUGUUAUUGGGAAGGUAAAGCUUGAGUAGAGCGUAAUACAUAGUAAUAUAAAACAUCCACAAUGUUAUUUAGAUCAAAGUGGAAUGUACCAGUGGGAUGCGUUAUAAUGACUUAAAAUGGCAAUUGAUAUAACUGAAUUUGAAUAGGUACUUUGUCUUUAUUCGUUAAAAUGUUUUCAUUGUGUUACAUUGUUUAAAACACAUUUCAUGGUAAUAAAUAAGAUAUUAAACUUACUCCACUUUACAUGUAGUUCAUAUCCCUCGUGAAGUAAUUUUCUUUUGUUAUUUGAGACAAAAUCCCAUUUAAUAUUCUGUAAAUAUGUAAAAGCAGUAAAUUCGUAUCUCAGGAUAAUUGUAAUGAAUUAUAACAUAUAUGCAGCUGUUGUGUUGAAUUCCACUGGGUAUUUACUACAAAUGCAAAAACAAACCCAACAAAGUUGCCUUAACUUAGAUUUUCAGAUCAGGUAAAAUAAAUUAAAAUGUUUCAGGAAAUCUGCAUCGUUAUUAACUGAUGUUUGUUUCACAUGUAAAUCUGGGACUGGUUCCAGUGUUUUGUGAUUAAAAUUCCACAUCACUUGAUUGACGUAGAAAAAUAAUGGUAGGUAAAAAUACUGACAACAAAUGGAAUUUUUCGUAAUGAUACAAAUGGACAGACAUUUCGGUCUGAAAAAAUUACAUAUUUAAAAAAGUGCAAGUGCAUGUUUUUAAAAACGAAAUAAUGUAAAGAGUGAAAAUGGGUCCCAGGAUAAUAAAAUCGGUCCCAGGAUAAUACAAUCGGUCCCAGGAUAAUACAAUCGGUCCCAGGAUAAUAAAAUUGAUCCCAGGAUAAUAAAAUCGGUCCCAGAAUAAUAAAAUUGGUCCCAGGAUAAUAAAAUCGAUCCGGGGAUAAUAAAAUCGGUCCCAAGAUAAUAAAAUUGGUCCCAGGAUAAUACAAUCGGUCCGGGGAUAAUAAAAUCGGUCCCGGGAUAAUAAAAUCGGUCCCAAGAUAAUAAAAUUGGUCCCAGGAUAAUAAAAUCAAUCCGGGGAUAAUAAAAUCGGUCCUAGGAUAAUAAAAUCGGUCCCAAGAUAAUAAAAUCGGUUCCAAAAUAAUAAAAUCAGUCCCAGGAUAAUAAAAAGAAGAAACAAUAAUUUUCUCACCAUUGAUCAUUACCCAUGUUGUUGGGUAUGUUACAAAAUCUUCGUCAAAUGAUUUAAUUAAAUUCAGGAUUCGUUUAGUUAAUAAAAUCAGCAUCUUAUAUCUUGCUAUAAGCUAUUCUCUGUGACUUCUAUUUGAAAUUCAUUUCAUUUUCUAUUUUUCUUUUUUCUUUGAGCACAUCCCAGACCAAGCUAAGACGAGAAAUACAUUUUUCAGCUGUUAAACAGUGUACAUAUUUAUUCAGCGCCAAUGAACACUUAACAUUCCAGAAUUAUUAGGGAGCGUGGCAAUUAUUUAACUGAUGAACAUGAUUUUGCUCAAGUCGUGUUCAUAUUUUAUUACACUGAGUGCAGUUUUGUCACAAAAUCUUACAAAUGAUGUUCAAACUGAACCAAAGCUCAACCUGUAUAGUUCCAGUAUAAGAAGAUUGGAAGACAGGAAAGUGUUCAACCUGUUGCGACACCAUCAAGUGAAAAUAUUAUCAUUUAUUACUUGCAAAAUAUCACACCAUGUUUCUUUUAAGAUUUCCUCAAGACUCAAAGAUUAUUUUGCACAAUGAAAAAAUAAUUUUGAUAUUUAAGAAAUUGAAAUGGGUUGCUUUGUGCGUGAUAUCAUUUUGUAAAAUCCUUUGCUAAAUGAGAUGGUAGAUAAGUGCUCAAAUUUGAUGAAUUUAACUGAUCGAUUUUUUAUUAUUUAUCUUCCUUUUGUUUUGUUUUUCUUUUUUGUGCUAACCUUUGGGCUUGCUCAUUUAAAAGUAUAACAUUUUGUGCUAACCUUUGGGCUUGCUCAUUUAAAAGUAUAACAUUUUGUGCUAAUAGACAAUUGUUGUAGCUAAAAUAACUUACAUAUCCAUUUUUGGUUACAAAAAUAUGAUUACAACCAGUUAAUUAAAAAAAGAAUAAUUGUUGAACUCAGCAUGUAUUUUGUUGAACUGAUAUUCAGUAGAUUGUUGUUGAACUUAAAAUGGAUUUUUCUGUAAAAUCAUUUGAUCCAGUUGAACUGAAAAUUAUUACUUCUGUGACGCAUUUGAUCCAGUUAACUCCAAAUGAAUUACUUCAGUAAACUUGUUUGAUCCAGUUAACUCAAAAUUAAUUACUUCAGUAAACUUGUUUGAUCUAGUUGAACUCAAAAUUAAUUACUUCUGUAAACUCAUUUGAUUCAGUUGAACUCAAAAUUAAUUACUUCUGUAACACAUUUGAUUCAGCUGAACUCAAAAUAGAUGGCUGCUGUUGAACUGAGUCUCACUAGAUCAUGAUGAACAUAGACUCAACCAUUCCUGUUGAACUCAAACAUAGCAGUGUUGACUAACA